AUGGAUGACUCUUUAAACAAGCUGCAAGAUAAAUUAAGAAAAGAAAGAACCAAUGCUCAGUUCAUUUUAAAUAAAUGUAAUUUUAAUAUUAUUGAACGAUAUGAAGAUUCAUCGAGUGAAGAAGAAAAUGAAUUUGAAAAUAAUAAUAGUAAAGGAAAGAGCGAUUUAAAAAAUAAUGAUGAAGAAAAUAAUAGCUUAUAUAAUCAAAAGAAGGAUAAUAUAUUGAAUGAUAACAACAAUAACGAAAAUACUGUAAGUAAAAACCAAAGCUCUACAAAUAAUCAGGCAUAUACAACAUAUAAUAAUUAUAAAUAUUUAAAUAAUAAUGUUAGCUUCCCUUUAGCUUUACAUAGAAGUAUAUUAAAUUUACAAAAAAAUAAUAAAAAUGAAAAACUACAGAAAGUACAAAUUUGUGAAAAUAAAGAAGUCACCAUUAAUAAGAAUAAUAAUAAUAAUAAUUACCAAAAAAAUAGAAUCAAUUAUAACAAUAUUAUUAAUCUUAAAAAGAACGUGAAAUAUAACGAUAAUAAUUCUGAUGAACACAUUUUUAUGAAUGCAAAAAAAAUAUAUAUAAAUGAAAAAUAUCAAGAUGAUGCACAAAGCAAAUACAACCUUACCUUUCAACUUAACAAAAAUGAAGUAGCAAAACUCGAAUGGACCAAUCCAGUCAAAGAUGAUGAAAUAAGAAUCAUAAAAAACAUACAAGAAAUUAAAUUACAUGAAAUACGUUUUGAUUUUCAAGGAAAACUAAGAAUUCAAAUAAAUGAAAAAUUAUAUAAUGAAAAAGAAAAUAAAAUAAUAUUCAAUCAUUUUAAUGGAUUAUAUCAUCAUAAUGAAGAACCCUUAAAUAGCGGAUAUACACUCCCUGAAAUAUUAUAUUUGUGUCAAAGUUCUUAUAAUAAUCAAGUUUGUAUUUCAUUAAAAAUUUUAAAACAUGUUUUUAUAAAUAUGCACAUGAAAUUAUUAUAUAUAUAUCCUGCAUUUCAAAAUAUUUUUAAUUCCAAUUUUAUGAAAAAUAAAUAUUCUUAUGGAUUUACUUAUAAACGAUUUAUUAAUUAUAUUAAUAAUGAUUUAAAAAUAUUCGAAAAAUUACUUAUUAUUUUUAAUUAUUAUUAUAAUAAAAAUGUAGAAAUAAAUUGUCUACAUGCCUUAGCUAGCUAUUUAUUUCCAAAUAAUAUUUUCCAAAUAAAUGAUAAUGUACUAUUUAAUGAAAAUAUGGACACAAAUAAUAAACAAGAAAAAUAUAAUUACAUAUUCUUUCAAGAUUAUCAAUUAUUUUCUUAUCUAAAUUUUUUUAGUGAUCUCGCCUUUUUUGUCGAUGGAUAUAAUAUCUAUUUUUACUCAAACAAAAAAUAUAAAAUCAAAAAUUUUAAAUUCUCUAAUGUUAAUAAUAAAAAUGGUUUUGGUCAUAAUAUUCUGAACAAGUCAGGUCAAAAGGAGGAUCAGAAUAUUGAAGAGGAUAUUCCUGAUGAUUUGGAAGAUCAGAUGGGGGAUAUAUAUUUUUUGGAUGAAAAUAAUGAUAUAUAUGAAACAAAAAUAAAUGAAGUCGAUAAGAAUGAUGUAUUGAAUGGUAAUAAUGAUAUAUCGAAUGGUAAUAAUGAUAUAUCGAAUGGUAAUAAUGAUAUAUCGAAUGGUAAUAAUGAUAUAUCAAAUGGUAAUAAUGAUAUAUCGAAUGGUAAUAAUGAUAUAUCAAAUGGUAAUAAUGAUAUAUCAAAUGGUAAUAAUGAUAUAUCGAAUGAUAAUAAUGAGACGGUUCAUAAUUUUUCGAAUUUUUUAAAAAGAUAUAGAGAAAAGGAUAGCUCGAUGUUAUUAAAAGAAGGAGAAAAUGGUAUUAAUGAUUUAUAUAUUAAUAAAAUAAAAAGAUGGAAUACAAAAAAAAAAAAACAAAUUAAUGAUAAAAAUGUAGAUAUAAAUGCAAGUUAUAUAAAUAAGAAUAGUCCUGUGGAUAAUGACCCCAUUAUACAUAAUGACCCUACUAGUAAACCAAAUAAUAAAAAUUUAAUGUCAUUUUUUGAAUAUAUGGAUACAAUUAAUUAUGAUCCUUUAAAAAUUAGAAACCUCAAUUUUGAAAUGAUAAAAUAUUGUUAUAUGAACAAAUAUAAUUAUAAUAAAAUAUUAAAUAAUAUAAAUAAUAUAUUAACAAAUAAUUUUGCUAUUUUAGAAAUAGAAAAUAGUUGUGUAUGCUUUUUAAUUGGAUUAUUAAUUAAGAAAAAACAAGAAAUAAAUAUAUUAAAAAAUAGUGAUUUAAUAAAAAAUAUAGAAAAAAUAUUAGAAUCCAAAAUGGUUGGAACAGAUUUAUAUCAAGAAAGAUUAAAUAAACAAAACAAUAAUAAAAAUAAUUUAUUAUAUUCACAUGAAGACAUAUUUAUAAAUCCUAUACAUAUAAAUUUUAUUUAUAAUUUGAUUACAUUAAUAAAAUAUAUUAUUAUAUAUAAUUAUGAUAAGGAAAUAUUAAAUAAAAUAGACAUAUUACCAUUUCUGAUGUUCUUCCGAACCCUACCAUUUUUUAUUAACAAUAAAAAUAAAGAGAAAGAUAUAAAUGAAAAUAUAAAUGUAAGCACACAUAAAAAUAUUAAAACAAAUACACACACCAAUAAAUAUAUAAACACGCCUUCUAAUGAGGAGGCCUAUUUUUUCAUUUCAACAGAAGUUAUUAAAAUUUUCCGUCUUUUAUUAUAUUGUAAUAUAUAUGUUGAAUCUGUAGAUUAUUUUCAUGAUAUAAUAAAUUAUGUGAAUAAUUUGGUUGUAUACAAAAAAAAAAAAAAUGAGGAAUGUCAUGUUUAUAAAAUGUUCUUAUCUCAAAUUUAUUUAUAUAUAAGUUUGUAUAAUAUUAUGCAUGCUGAUAAAGAACUUUCCGGUCUUUUGUAUCAAAAUAAAAUUAUGACAACUUUAAAAAAUUAUGUAAAUAAUAAUAUUUGUUCUUCUCCAAUUUUUGAUGAUAAUAUAAAGUCUAUUACUAAAUGGGAUCAAUAUGAAAAAGACAUUCCACAAUAUGAAAAACAUGAUCGAUUAAAUGAUCUAUCGAAAAAUGGUAGUACAGCAUGUUACACUUUUAAUAUAUUAUGUGACUUAGAAUUAUUACAUCAGUGUUACACGUAUAUAUAUUCUAUAUUUAUAGUUACCAAAAAAAUGAAAGAUAACAAAAUAGAUGAUAUAAAAAAAAAUAAUCAUCUUAAUAAUAAUAUUGAUAAUAAUAUGAAGGAUAAGGAAGAUAGAUUUAUAAAUAAUGAGCUUAUAAAGGAUAUUCUAAAAAGUAUUAAAGUUGUGGUUAUAUUUAUUAAAAAUAAUUUGAAGCACUUACUUAAUUUUUAUAUUGAAAAAGAGGAAGGAAAUAAAACAAAGAAUAAUAUAAUAAAAACAAUAAUAAAAGAAAUAUGGGAAGAAUGUCCUUUUCCAUUUAAUUAUGUGAUAUAUAAUAAAAGAGAAACAAAUUUAUAUCUUUUCUUUUUAGUAUAUAUACAGAUAUUAAAUGUUAUAUUAAAUAUUUAUUAUAUUUUAAUACAUAUGGAACAUAUAAAUGAAGAAGCGAUUAUGUUAAUAUCUAUCAAAAGUAUAUUUGAGGAUAUAGAGGAUGAAAUAUUAAUUUAUUUUAUGAUGAAUGUGUUUAAGGAAGAAAAUAUAUUACAAUCACAUAAUAUUUUUUUACCAUUAGCAUAUUUGUUUUAUAAUAUAUAUAAGAUAAAAUGUUUUUAUAAUACAUCAAAUAAUAAUAAUAAUAAUAAUAAUGAUAAUAUUAUAAAGGUAGAGAAAAGAAAUAUGAAUUUCCAUUUAUUAUUAUUUUAUUCUUUAUCAUAUUCUUCAUCCUUAUAUUUAAAUUUUGAAUGCUUGAAGGAAAUUUUUAAUAAUCCCUUUUUUAUAUGUGAUAAUAUAAAAAAUGACACACCAAUUAAAAGGAUUACUCUCGAUAAUGUAGAUAAUAUAGAAGCACAGAGCUGUCAUAAGAAAGAGGUUAUUGUUAAUAUAAAAGAAGAUUUAAUAAAUAUAGAAAAUAAUAAAACACAAAUUAAUAUAUAUAAAGAAGACAUUGCUCCAACUUAUUGUAAUUUACAAAAAAACAAAAAAGAACAUAUAUACAUAUUAACCUUUUUAAAAAAAUAUAUAUCUAGUCGUAAUAAUAAAUGUUUCUUAUUUUUUCAAAGUAAAAAAAAUCUUAUCUUAUUAUUUGUUAUAAACAUUUUUAAGGCCUGUUGCAAAGAGGCUAAUCAAAUUAAAAAAGAAGAGAAAUUAAAUAUAGAAAAAAAUUUAGAAUUGUUAUUAAAUCAAUAUUUUAUUGAUUUUUUAUCAAAUCAUAUGGACAUAGACAUAUUUUUAAAAAUAUUUGUGUCUAUAUUUAUGGUAGAUAAUUCAAAAUCUAUUGGAGAUUAUGUAAGUGAAGAAAGAAAUAUAUACGUGUUAUUAGAAAGAAUAGCAUAUAUAUAUAUAUAUAAAAGGAUAAGUAUAGCUUCUGACACACCACAAAAAAAUAAUAUAAAAUGUGGCAAAAGGGAUAACACACACAAUAAUAAUAAUAACAAUAAUAAUAAUAAUAAUAAUGAUAAUAAUAAUAACAAUAAUAAUGGUAAUAAUAAUUAUUAUUAUUAUAAUGAAUGCGAUAAUAUGAACGGUUUUACAAUUAAUUUGUCACCCACUUUAUUUUUAGAAAAAAUUAAAAAUAUAAUUACAACUUUUACUAAUAACAAUAAUUCAGAUAUAAGAAAAGAUGAAAAUGUUCCAUAUAAUAUGCAACACUUAAAUAAAUUUAGAAAUGAAAAUAGAAGUAUUACUUGUUAUAAUAAUCAAAAAGAAAUAUUAAUUAAUCAAAAUAUUCUUGUUAUUAUUUAUGAACAAAUUAUAGAAUCCUAUAAAAGGGGUUGUUUUUUUAAUCCUUUAUUUUUAUCCUUUUUAUUUUUUUUUUCUUCUAGUUUCUUUCCAAAUGUAUGUCGUGAAUUAUUUUUUAAUGAUGAUGAUUUAAUAAAAAUGUUAGUUAAAAAUGUUUUUAUACAUUUUUAUGAUAAUACUCAUUAUAUUAUAUUUACAACUUCGACAUAUUAUGGACAGGAACAAAAUAAUUAUCUCAUCAAUAUAACUCAUUUGUUCCCACCACUUUAUUCAUUUAUAAAAAAUACGACUGAAGAGGAGAUUAACUUAAAUACAAAUUUGGAAUCGUAUUUUAAAAGUGUGAAAAAAGAAAAUUUAUAUACAAGUUUGUUACACUUUAUAUUUUAUAUGAAGCAGGCCUUUUCACAAAAAUGA